GCUCUCCACGUGAAGCGCCGGCCCCCUCCUCCCAGCUGUUUGCUCAGCUGACCCCGGCGGCCGAGGGGCCGGGCUCCGCCGCCUCUCCUCACUGGCGCAGCGCAGGGCCCGGGCCGGCCGAGCCCGCCUCUGCCUCCUCCUCCUCCUCCUCCGCCGCCGCGCACAGCCCCGGCCGGCCCCUCGCCGCCUCCAGCCGCCGUCCCCGCCGCCGUGCCCGGCUCCUCCCGCACCUCCCCUCCCGGCGCAGGCCCCGGCGCCUGCCCCGAUGCUCUGAGCUCCGCGCGGCCCCAGCGCCGGCCCCUUCCCGGCCGCGCCGCCAUCUCCGCGCCCCUCGGCGGCCAUUGGAGCCGCCCCGGAGCCAGGCAGCGAGCGGCAGCAGCAGGAGCAGCCGCCAGGCCGCCGCCAUGGACAGCCCCGGCGGCGUCAGCGACAAGAAAAGGAUUAGUUCUGAGCGCAGGAAAGAAAAAUCGAGAGACGCAGCUCGAUGCCGAAGAAGCAAGGAGUCAGAAGUAUUCUACGAACUUGCUCAUCAGCUGCCUCUUCCGCACACGGUGAGCGCCCACCUUGACAAGGCCUCCAUCAUGAGGUUGACCAUCAGCUACUUGCGCAUGAGGAAGCUGCUGGAUGCUGGUGAGCUGGAGACAGAAGCCAAAAUGGAGAAGGAACUGAACUGUUUCUACUUGAAAGCUCUUGAUGGAUUUGUCAUGGUUCUCUCUGAAGAUGGGGACAUGAUUUACAUGUCUGAAAAUGUGAACAAGUGUAUGGGACUCACUCAGUUCGAGUUGACAGGGCACAGUGUAUUUGAUUUCACUCAUCCAUGUGACCAUGAAGAGCUGAGAGAAAUGCUUACGCACAGAAAUGGUCCUGUGAAAAAGGGCAAAGAACAAAACACGGAGCGCAGCUUUUUUCUCAGAAUGAAGUGUACACUGACUAGCAGGGGAAGAACAGUGAAUAUAAAGUCUGCUACGUGGAAGGUACUGCACUGCACUGGGCACAUCCGUGUGUACGACACAUGCAGUAAUCAAACUCACUGUGGCUACAAGAAGCCUCCCAUGACGUGCUUGGUGUUGAUAUGUGAACCUAUUCCUCACCCAUCCAACAUUGAAGUCCCACUGGACAGUAAAACGUUCCUCAGUCGUCACAGUCUUGAUAUGAAAUUUUCCUAUUGUGAUGAAAGAAUUACAGAGUUGAUGGGAUAUGAGCCAGAGGAACUCCUGGGUCGUUCCAUCUAUGAGUACUACCAUGCGCUGGAUUCUGAUCAUCUGACCAAAACGCACCAUGAUAUGUUCACGAAAGGGCAGGUGACAACAGGACAGUACAGAAUGCUUGCUAAACAAGGUGGCUACGUCUGGGUUGAAACUCAAGCAACUGUUAUAUACAACACUAAGAAUUCUCAGCCACAGUGCAUAGUAUGUGUGAACUAUGUGUUGAGUGGUAUUGUUCAGAAGGACUUGAUUUUUUCCCUUGGACAAACCGAGUGUAUGCUGAAACCGGUGGAGUCUCCAGAUAUGAAAAUGACCAAAAUAUUCAGCAAAGAUGACCUGGAUGAUACGAACAACCUUUUUGAGAAACUUAAACAGGAACCAGAUGCUUUAACUGUGCUGGCUCCAGCUGCUGGAGACACAAUUAUCUCUCUAGAUUUCAGCAGCAAUGAGUCUGAUGAACAACAAUGUGAUGAAGUUCCUUUGUAUAACGAUGUAAUGCUCCCCUCAUCCAGUGAGAAAUUGCAGAAUAUAAAUAUGGCAAUGUCCCCACUGCCUGCCUCUGAAACUACAAAGCCACUUCGUAGCAAUGCUGAUCCUGCACUCAAUAGAGAAGUUGUAUCAAAGCUGGAGCCAAACACAGAGACACUCGAACUUUCUUUUACCAUGCCUCAGGUGCAAGAGCAGCCAACCAGCCCUUCUGAUGCAAGUACCAGCCAAAGUUCACCUGAGCCCAGUAGUCCAAAUGACUAUUGCUUUGAUGUGGAUAAUGAUAUGGCUAAUGAAUUCAAACUGGAAUUAGUGGAGAAACUCUUUGCAAUAGAUACAGAAGCAAAAAAUCCAUUCUCUACUCAGGAAACAGAUUUAGACUUGGAGAUGUUGGCUCCUUACAUCCCGAUGGAUGAUGACUUCCAGCUACGCUCCUUUGAUCAGCUAUCUCCACUGGAAAGCAGUUCUUCCGGCUCCCAAAACGCAGCCACUAUUACCAUAUUUCAGCAGACUCAGACACCAUCGACUACUGCUGAUGAAAUAAAACCAGUGGCAGAACGUGUGGAUGAUGUGAAGACGCUAAUCGUUCCUUCAUCUCCUGUCCACAUCAUCAGUGACACGAGUAGUGCCCCAGCGUCACCUUACAGUGGGAACAGGAGUCGAACUGCGUCUCCAAUCAGAACAGGAAAAGGAACGUUGGAUCAGACAGAAAAAUCUUGUCCAGGAACACCCAGUUUGCUAACAGUCACUGUGAAUAAAAGAUCUACUGCAAUGGAUGAAGAACUAAAUCCAAAGAUGCUAGCUUUGCAUAAUGCUCAGAGAAAACGAAAAAUGGAACAUGAUGGUUCACUUUUUCAGGCAGUUGGAAUUGGGUCUUUAUUCCAGCAGACAGGUGACCGUGGAGGAAAUGCAGCGCUUGCUUGGAAACGUGUAAAGGCAUGCAAAACAACUGGUCAUAAUGGAGUGGAGCAAAAGACAAUCAUUCUACUAUCAACUGACAUAGCAAGUAAACUUCUAGGGCAGUCGAUGGAUGAAAGUGGACUACCCCAACUCACAAGUUAUGAUUGUGAAGUAAAUGCUCCCAUACAAGGCAACAGAAACCUGCUACAGGGGGAAGAACUGCUCAGAGCUCUGGAUCAAGUUAACUGAGCUUUCACAAUACUUGUUCCUUUUUUGGACACUGGUGAAUCAUCACCUAAAGCAGUCUAUUUAUAUUUUCUAUAUCUGAUUUUAGAAGCCUGGCUACAGUACUGCACUAAUUCAGUUAGUUCAGUUUUGAUCCCCUUUCUACUUAUUUUGACAGUCUUUUUAAUACGUUCUUUAUGUAACAGUAACUCAAACUAUAGUGCAUUUUUAUAAUUCUUUGGUACAUACACUUUUAAGUCCAUUACAUUUAAAACACACUUGCAAUAGCAGCUUAGAAAUAUGCACCUGAUUUUAAAAAAUAUAUUUAUUUUUGGCUGGGGAGUUGGUCACCAAAAUUUAUCGUUAGUAAAAUGUCAACACAGGAACAACUGGCAAUACUUCCAUCCUGCUCUUCAUAGGUAGCUGGAAGACUUGUGCUCUCUUACUGUUUAUGUUCAAGCGAGUUUUUUAUUUUAAUAAUUUUUAUAAGAAACAACAAUGCUUUGCAGCAGUGCAUUGUAGCCACAAUCGCACAAUAUAUUUUCUUAAAAAAUACCAGCAGUUCCUCAUGCAAUAUAUUCUGUGUUUAUAAAAACUAGUUUUUAAGAAUCUUUUGUUUGCCUAUGAAAUCAUGUUUAAACCUGGAUUAUGUCAUUAUUUUAGUCAUGUUGUAAUAUAAAUUGUUCUUAAAUGCUGUCUUACACUUUUGACUUAAAUGAGUGUGUUUAGUCAAAGGGAAAGGUUUUUAUCUGGGAAGGGCUAGCAGCAUUUUAUUUGGGUACGUUCUCAAUUUAGAGAGAGAGUUUGAUGUUCUUAAAGUAGUCACUUUGCCAGCUUAAAAAAAAAAAAAUUCCCUGCCUGUAGUUGUUGAAGUUAAUGCUAAUAUUGUGUAUGAUCUUAAAUUUAAAUGUUCAGCUUACCCUGUGUGGUAUAGGUGAUAUUUCAAGCAGAUUGUAAAACAUCUUGCAUUGUUAGCAGAGUUUUAUCUAGUACAUCAUUGAGUUGCUCAAUAUUUUGAUGUUUUGGUUUCAUGCACCUUGUUGCUAUUAACAUCCAUAUGUUUUCAUGUAGAUUUCAGUAACUUGAAUAUAUUUAGAAGCCUUUUUAUUUAGAAAUAUAUAGUUGUCACAAACAUCUUAUUUUCCUAUAUGUACUGUACAAAAACUUCAUUCACUCAUUCUUUUGCUCCUUGUGGUUGGAUCUAACACUAACUGUAUUGUUUUCUUACAUCAAUAAACUAUAUGUGGACCAGGCCCCCCUUGGGGAGUGUGUUAUCUGAGAAAAAUGAAAUAAUUUAUAUUUUUGUUAGUGGUUAUCGUUCAUCCGUGUUCCCUUUUUAACUUAGAGUUCAUUGGAAAUCACUGCUUCCUUGCUUUGAUCAUAACAUCUCCACCUUAAUUAUUUGAGCCUAUUCAGUACUAAAGUCUCCUAGACAGUGUUGUACUACUGCCGGCCAAAGACGUUAAAUUUUUUAAUGUUAUCACACCAGUUAGCAAACUUGAAAGUGCAAAGACAGCAUGUGUGUUAUUUCAGAGUGGAAGGAUUCUUCCUCCUGAACAGCUUAAAGGCUUGUCUCUGGAAGCAUUAUCAAGGUAACACUGGAAAGCAGGAAAUGUAAAAUUCACAAGUGAUCAACUGAAGAUGAUUUGUUUUAAAUUGCAAAACUGUGUGAUGAAAAAUGAAGCUGGUACUCUAUGAUAAAGGUUGUUCUAGUUUCUUGUGCUGUUGACUCGGUAGCUUUGACUAGGUGACUUAUGUCACUGUCAUAAAACAUGAUACUACUGAUACAACCUUGUAAUGUGUAAAUAGGGUCAAGAUAUUCUGUACAUUCAUACAUACGUAACUAUCUUAAGAAGCAUAUCUCAAUGUAAGAAAUCAAAUGUGGAGUGUCACAAAAUUUGUUGGUUUUAUUUUGGAAACUGGUUUCACUGAACUCGUCUAGAGUAUUUUGAAAUAGAUAUAACUGCAUAAGCUUAACCUGUCUUUUAAAAAUCACUGUUACAGUUUCACUGAAGCAAAAGAACUUUUCAAACUGACACAGCUGUGCUAAUGAAACUACAUGGAGACUACUAGCUACUGACUUAGAGAAAGGUAAAGCACUGGUAGCAGAAUAUGAUUGCAUACUUCUUAGUUUGAGUAGAAGUUGCAUAGAGAGGAAAGCAUGUAGGUACACUAAGCUAGAGCUCAAGAUCUGUGCAGAGAGAACAAUUUGAAUAUAUGCACCUAAUACUCAGUAUUAAAGAUUUGUAAUAAAGCUUUCGUAUGCAAAGCUUACAAAGCUCUUCGGAUAAAAGCAGUAGAACUACUGCGUGUGUGUGCUGUGUGAGGCCUUGAGGACAUCACGCUUCCCCUAGCAUUGCUUUCUCUAGCAGCAGUAGAAGUUGUAAUAGCAAAGUUAGGCAGCAGCUGGCAGGGGCAACCCCUAUCCUUAGCUCUGCGUGGGCUGGCAGGAUGUGAGAUAGGAGAGUCUUGUAGACGUGAGAAGUACAAGUGGGUUCUCCUUUUCCUACUUCUCUGGCAAGCUUUGACCCGUCUUUUCAUCUCCCCCUAGAAAUGUUAUGUUGUCUUAUUUGAAGUAGUUCUGUUAAUUACUCCUUAUUUUGGAGUUCUUCUUUAAUGUACUUGAAGAAGGUAGCGAGUUAUCAGAGAGAAAAAUCCAUAUUACAAGGAGGAGGAAAAUUUAAGUGACCCUCAUGAUCUAUGGUUAUGAGCCAGGAGGAAUCAUCUCUGUUCUUAAUGACAGCAGCCAGGGACUUAAAUGAGCACCGUCUCAUCUAAUAAUCUUCCCCACUCAUACACAUUUCCUAUUAUACAUAUAACUGAGGCAUAGCAUUUUGUUUAUGGUGCUUUGUAAAAGUGAGUGAAAUAGGUAAUCCUAGGAGUAACUGAAGUGUAGUACCCAUAGUGGUUUGCACUUUGGAGGAUUAAAAAGAAAAAGCCUCAACCUGAAAACUAGCUUGUAAAACUAGCUUGUAAAAAACACACAGAUGUAACAAAUGUUCCCCUUCUUCCCCUAACUCCCCCAUUCAUUAUUAGGGCUUCCCCUGUGGAAGCUCUAGCUUCCAGGAUACAGCUAAAUUAAUUUUAUGACUAAGUGAUGUGCUGUAGUUACUGAGAACAGUUAUUCAGCUCGUAGAAAUGCUGAAGAAAGCAUGGAAAAGUAACAGUAACUGCUCUGGCCUAGUCUGAGCUUUGCUAUAAAAACUGCUGCAAGUUUACAAAAUCGGGAAGUAGACUUUUUAGCUGCUUUAUUUUUUUCCUUAGUAUCAGACUAUAUAGUCUUAGAUUCUACCCCUUCUUUGGAGGAAGAAUACAUUUCUUUCUAGAGGUUUUCUUAGCAAUUUUGAGUAAGUUCUUUGCUGACUUGCUACUUAGAGCACUUACUCUUCAUCAGUAAUAAAGAAGAAACUGCAGCUGGAUGUAGUAUUUGCUUUUGCAUAUGAAACAUGGUAAAUUAUCAGUUCCCCAUAAGCUGAGCAUAACAAAGAUAGCUUUCAGUAGGUUAUUGUGACUGCAGCAGUAGUCACACCGUGCCUUCCUCAUGGCAUAUCAAUUAUUUUUUGCAUAUGGAUUCUAACUGAUGUCUUUAUCAAGGACACUGAUGGCUUUGUUAAAAGCUCUACAGGCCUUUUUUGACCAGAUGACUCACGAUGAUGACAUUCAGUCCUUUACCUGAAAGUAGUCAUACUUAACUACAGCUGUAGCUCCCAAGAAGUCACUAUUACACCUGAGCUGCUGGACAGCAGAUGUUGUACUCCAUAAGGGUAGCCUGGAGUCCAAAGUGCACACUUUUAACCACACCUUCCACCCAUGUAGUAAGAUAGCUUGGACUGUAUAUUGAUCUUGGAAAACGAAAUUAAAGCAAUUUACUAUUAUCAGUUUCCAUUCCUGUGUACGCACAAACUCCCUCACAGUAAUUAUGAAUUACUUUAAAGUUACAGACUGAGGCCAGAAAGAACAAAUAAAACUGUACAUGCUUGCAAUGAACUAAAGCUAUAGGAAUCAAAUAUCUGAUUAUUACAGGUUAAACCAGUGCAUAUUUAAUAGCAUUUUAAAAUUAUUUAAUUAAAUAGUUUUUUAAACAGCUAAACAAGGGUAGCUGAAGGCAGAAGUGUGGGCUGUUCACUACAAUCUGCUGUCAGGCUUUGUCCCUUGUCACAGUGCUGAAUGACUCAUUUCCUUUGACGACCCUGGGAGCCAGGAGCACCCUGGUGCUGUGCAGCAGGCACUAGAGGCUAUGCCUGAGGUCAGUUGUCUAUUCCCCCCCCAUCCCCUUUGAUUAGCUGCUACUGAACAGCGCGCACAUCUCACCCAGAUGGCACUGCACUCAUGCAGAUUAUUCAAACUGCAAUUACCCAGCAUGAAAACAAACAUUUCACAGGCCAGGAGUACGCUGUAGGAAGGCCAGUAUUUUCAUAGGAACUCAAGAGUUGAGUAUCCAGCUUUCAUUAAAAGUACUGUUAGUGAUCAGACACUUGACUCCCUGGAAAGCUCCAGUCUGGAGAAUUGUGAUUUUGAUCCAAAUUCUAAAAAUGCAUUGUCAUUUUUCCUUCUGCUUCCCUGCUUACCUUGAGCAAGGCUUGCCAAGUUACCAAAAGGUUAAGAGUUUGCUACUGGAUUUAUACAGUAUGGUAGAUUUUGUGAAUAAUUGCAGUAUUCUCUCAUGAAAAAGUGGUAUAUUUUAAUGAAAUUCUUUUCUGGAACCAAGUACAACCUAUUGCAAUUGAUAUUUCUCUUGAAACAUUUUGACAUACUUGUGAUUGUAUUUCUUUUUGAUUGUGUAAUAGUAUAAAAUUCAAUAAAAGAGAGGGUUUGUUUCUAA